AUGGGAAAUGGCACCUCAGCGGGACAGGACGAUGUGGCCACAGCGGCCACGAAGAAGCUCGCCUCCUCUGCAUUGCAAGGAGCGGUCACGAAGGCCCAAUCAGAGCAGGCCAUGAUCUCUGCCUUCAAAUCCUUCGAUUCGGAUGGCAACGGCACCAUCAGCAAGAAAGAGUUCUCAGCUGUCCUGGCAAAGCUCAACAUGAAGAUGACACCGCGGCAGGUGGAAAUGCUUUUCGAGGCUGUGGACAAAGACCAGGAUGGCCUCAUUGAGUUCGAGGAGCUUUGUUGCUGGCUUUGCGACACGCCGUGCUUCUCCAGGUAUUUCGAUGAGUUGGGGAAAGUGUUGCGAGAGUAUUCCGAGAAGAUCAGGCCAAAUGGGACAAUUGUGAAAGGUGAUGCUGCAAUCAAGAACGCCGAGUCUGUAAAUCAGUGGCUGGCGAAAGAGCUGGAGAGGAGAAUACGACCAGCCGUGAAGGAGGUUUUUCAUCAAGCCGACAAGGAUUCCAAUGGCAUCCUCACAGAAGAAGAGGGUGUUCUCCUGUUUUCGAACUAUGCGCAUAACUUAGCGAAGCACGCCGACACCAUCAUCGAGAUCUCACAGACUGCCUGGCUGGAACAUGGCAAGUGGGACAAGAAGAGCUUCAAGAAGCUUGCGAGGCCAAACUUGCAGCAGAUCGUGAGCACGCAGAUGGCGGACUACGAGACGCACAUCGAUGCCCGACAUCGUGAAGCCUUCAAUGUCAUCGAUAAAAACAAAGAUGGCCAUCUCAUCUUGGACGAGGUUGUACAGUGCUUGACUCCUGGAACCUACCGGUACCGGGAGUUCCACAGAGCACUCCAGCUCUAUACCCCAGAGGGGUUCAAAGAAGCUUUCGAUGCCGUGAUGGCUGCCAAACCCAAGAAAUGA